AUGCCACACAUGAUUGAUAAGGAUAUUAUGAAUGAAUUACAAAAGAAAUGGGAAUAUGAAUUUAAUGUGACAUCCUCUAAUCGAUUUCGUUCCUCAAAUGACAUGCAAUAUACAUUUACAUAUUUUUAUUAUUUAAUGCAUGAAGGAAUUCCAUACAAUGCAACAGAAUUCUUUAAAGAACAUGUAGAUACUAAUCAAGAUGAUACGAUGGAUGAUUAUGAAAUUAGAAAUUUAGCAAAUGUCAUGUUGAACAAGUAUAAAAUAUCACAAGAGAAGGUCAAUGAAUUGUCAAGAAAUGUUACAAAAAAGAUGAAUGAUUUGAAAAAGAGUGAAACGAUGAAUGAUUUGAAAAAGAGUGAAACGAUAAAUGAUUUGAAAAAGACAAAUGAUGAAACGACCAGAACAGAAAUGAAAGAUUCAAAGGUUGAAUCAACAAGUAAUCCAACCAGCACUACUACUACUUCUUCAAAACUGAACCAUACUUUAUCAAAUUCAACUUCACCAUUUGGAUCUUCCUAUUUUUCUUCCUGGAGACCUCGUAGCUCUUCUUAUGGAUCAUGGGGAUCCUAUGACACGUAUAGUUCAUUUAAGGAUUAUUUGAAAGCUGUUCGAUCUGUAUUAUUUGGACAUUUAAACUAUACCAAUUUAGUAAUGUCUCAAUAUGAUCCAAAUUAUAAGGCAAGAACAAGACCAACGUUUGAAGAUUUUGUAAAUAGUGGUUUGAGUGAUGUUGUGAAAACUAAAGUUCACAAAAGUGAACAACGUUUCUCAUACACUCUUGAAGAUUUAUCUGAAGUUGGAUUUCAUAUGAUUAGAGAUGAUUAUGAUAAGGUUGGAGAACAAUUGGAUGAAUUAACUAGAAAGAGACCUAAAUUUAUUUGUCUCAAUGAUGAUAUGAAUCAAACAACACCAAACAUCCAAGUUGUAGAAUUACUUCAUAACUUUUAUCGAUGGUACUUCCCAAAACCCUCUCAAUUUGAAUUACCGGAAGGAGAAGAGAAUCCAUUCCUUUAUAUUGAUCAAUUACAACAAUAUCAUGACAUGCAAAGAUAUUCCAAGUAUGCCUACGAUGGUGUGAUUGUGACAGCCAUUUGUUUCAUUUGUUGUUGUGGUUUGAUUUUACAAAGAUGUAUCGUUUCGAGAAUGAACAAGAAGAGUAGCAGUGGUCGAUCCACGCCUCAACAACAACAACACUCCGGUGUGGUGUCAUUUACAAGCUCAGCAACCUCUACGGACCAUCAAUUGCCUUCACAACAACAAGGAAGUCUCCACACCACCUCUCACAAAUCUCAUCCCUAUGGUGAAAACGAAGAAGUUUAA